AUGGAAGACGUUAUCUCGAUCGCUUCACUUUACAUCGACGAACAUACAUCAGAUGAACUAUACGAACUUGUUCGAAAUAAUUUAACUAAUCAACUUGAUGCUCGUUUACACUCUCUUUCUAAUCCGAUUCAAUAUUUGACAACUGUACGUUGCUGCGGUGAAGAAGAGUUAACUUUAUUAAUGGUAGCGGCUCUUAAUGGAUACAAUGAGAUAGUGCAGAUUCUAUUUCAACAUUGUCCACCUGAGCUUCAGAUAGAAUUACACGGAAGUGUAGUAAUCUCUAAAUCAAAUGUUAUCACUCGUAUGACAGCAGUUCAGUGUGCUUGUUAUCGAUCGCAUUUCGUUGUAGCUAAAACUUUGAUUGACAUUGGUGGAGCUGAUGUCAAUCAUGACAAUGACAAAUGGCCAGAUUAUCCAUUACUCAUUCAAGCUAGCGGCGAGAAUCGUCUUGAUAUAGUUCGUUUUCUUGUUGAAAAUGGUUACGCUGACGUUAACAAAACUCAAUCAAAUGAUCGGGAUCGAUGCACUGCUAUUAUAUGGCCUGCUUACAAAGGCUACAUCACAAUAAUCGAAUAUUUAAUCGAAAAGGGUGCUGAUAUCAACUAUUCAUGUAAAAACAGCAAUCUUGAUGGAACAGUGCCCAUCACAUUUGCUGUUCUUCUAGGAGAUGUAAAUGUCAUACGAUUGCUAUGUGAUUCAGGUGCGGAUACAAAGGCUACGUUGAAAAGUGGUAAAACGCUUGUCAUGGCUGCUGUCGACCAUCAACAUUUUGACGUCAUCGAUUUUCUAUUACAGCGAUCGAUAGCCACCAUCGAUGAUCUCGAACUUGCUGCUAAUCUAUCAAUCAAUCACUUACAAAAAGCAUCGAAGAUCAUCAAUGUUGCUUUCGAAUAUCGUGCAUCGAAUAACAUUCCAAAAAAUUGUGUAGAACCUAAUAUUACCUACGAGUUUUAUCGAGAAUGUCAAACAUUGGAAGAAUUCGAGAUUAUCAAAAAUGAUCCCGACAGGAUGUGGAUUGAAGCAGCGCUCGUUCGAGAACGUAUUUUGCUUCCAAGAAAUGAUUCUUCUUUAAUCAGACCAUUGUUGGAUCGCGGCGAUGUAUUAGCGUCCAGAGACGAAUUUGAUAAAUGCUUUCAUUUGUGGGUUCAUGCAUUUCGCCUAUACCAAACUAUGCAGAUAACCACUAAUAUUCAUCGAUUUAUAUGGUUAUUUUGUAAAAUGCUUACUAAAAAUCAGUCAAUUCCUAUUGAUCAAUUUUUAACAGUUUGUUAUCUUUUUUUCGAACCAUCGCAAACCAGAUAUAUGAAUAAUGAUAUACAGAAUGCGUUAUGUCUUGUUAUUAUUGCAACGAAGAUUCUUGAACGACAGGUAACAAAAAGCGAAGAACGAUCGUUGAUAUUUCGAUGGAUUUCCAAAUUAUGCCAGCGAAAUCUAGUAGCUAAAAAUGGAGAAACUCUGCUUCAUUUCUGCGUGGAUAUUUGUACUAAUCGGCAUCUUAACUGGCGUCCUAAUGAUAUUCGAUCACACCUUCAAUUUCCAAAUGUGCCUGCUCUUCAAUUAUUACUUGCAUGUGGAAGUCAUUGGCUAGAUUUAGACGCUGCCGAACGAACUUUUGGUUGUACAGCAUUGCAUUUAGCUUGCCAACAAUUCGAAGUGUCAGUGAUUGUCAAAUGUCUGAUACACGCCGGUGCUCAUCUCGAUUGUGUCAAUGAUGAAGGCCAAACUCCAAUAGAAUGCGCAGACGAUAUUGCCAUAAGAGCUCUCUUCAAUACUCAGAACGUUCCACGUCGUCUAAAAUGCAUAUGUGCACGGCUUAUUGCCGAUAAAAGACUCAAUAUUGCCGAGAACGAUCUAUUCAAACCAUAUCUACAAAAAUUUAUUUUAAUGCAUGACAAUCGAAGAACUAAAUUCAAGUGCUAG